AUGCCUUCAGCCACAGGCCAGUCCUGGGAGAAGUACCAGAAGAACUUUGCCGACGACGAGGUUGAGGAGAAGAAGAUCACGCCUCUCACUGAUGAGGACAUCCAGGUGUUGAAGACAUACGGGGCCGCACCCUAUGGCGCGGAGCUGAAGAAGCUGGAGAAGGAGAUCAAGGACAAGCAGCAAACGAUAAACGAGAAGAUUGGAGUCAAGGAAUCAGAUACCGGUCUCGCACCUCCACAUCUAUGGGAUAUUGCCGCCGACCGCCAACGUAUGCAAGAAGAGCAGCCCCUCCAAGUCGCCCGAUGCACCAAGAUAAUACAGGACGAGAAAGACUCGGAAAAGAGCAAAUAUGUCAUCAACGUCAAGCAAAUCGCAAAGUUCGUCGUCAACUUGGGAGAGCGUGUCUCACCCACGGACAUUGAAGAGGGCAUGCGAGUGGGCGUCGACCGUAAUAAGUACCAGAUCCUGCUCCCUCUACCGCCCAAGAUCGACCCUUCGGUUACCAUGAUGACAGUCGAGGACAAGCCUGACGUCACAUACGGAGAUGUGGGAGGAUGCAAGGAGCAGAUUGAGAAGCUGCGAGAAGUCGUCGAGAUGCCGCUGUUAUCACCAGAGCGCUUCGUCAACCUCGGAAUCGACCCUCCAAAGGGCGCUCUACUCUACGGCCCACCAGGAACCGGAAAGACGCUUUGCGCGCGAGCAGUCGCCAACCGAACCGACGCCACCUUCAUCCGUGUCAUUGGUUCCGAGCUUGUCCAGAAGUAUGUCGGAGAAGGUGCCAGGAUGGUGCGUGAGCUAUUCGAGAUGGCGCGAACAAAGAAGGCGUGUAUCAUCUUCUUUGAUGAAAUCGAUGCUGUCGGUGGAGCGCGUUUCGACGACGGUGCUGGAGGUGACAACGAAGUACAACGUACCAUGUUGGAGCUCAUCACACAACUCGACGGUUUCGACGCUCGCGGUAACAUCAAGGUCAUGUUCGCCACAAACAGACCUUCCACUCUAGACCCUGCCCUCAUGCGUCCUGGACGUAUUGACCGAAAGAUUGAGUUCUCGCUACCAGACAUGGAGGGUCGUGCCAACAUUCUCCGCAUCCACGCCAAGAGCAUGAGCGUCGAGCGCGAUAUUCGUUGGGAGCUUAUUUCCCGUCUCUGCCCUAACAGCACAGGUGCCGAGUUGAGGAGUGUAGCGACAGAGGCCGGCAUGUUUGCCAUUCGUGCGAGGAGAAAGGUUGCGACUGAGAAGGACUUUUUGGCUGCCGUUGACAAGGUCAUCAAGGGCAACCUCAAGUUCAACUCGACUGCCACGUACAUGCAGUACAACUAA